GUUUUGAAUGACAAUAUGCAGUCUGCAAUUGCCCUGCAGGAAUAUACUACUUUAGAAGAACAUUUUACUACGUACAUAACGACCGGUUUGGCCUAGUGGGUAGUGACCCUGCCUACGAAGCUGAUGGUCCCGGGUUCAAAUCCUGGUAAGGGCAUUUAUUCGUGUGAUGAGCAUGGAUAUUUGUUCCUGAGUCAUGGGUGUUUUCUAUGUAUUUAAGUAUUUAUAAAUAUUUAUACAUUACAAAAUAUUCAUUUGGUUCAGAUUUGGUUGCAUAGUAAAAACAAUUACUUCAUAAGUCACACGUAUUUGACACCCGUUAUAUAGUAACACCCAUAGACUACGAAGACCGCUUAGCGUUGCUUGUUAGUCUCCGUAGGCUACGGUGGCAAAAAUUGAGAAAAAACUGUCCAAAAAUUUAAUUUAGCAAGUAGCAAGUACCAGGGCCUGUUACGAUACGAGAAGGUGUCGCUGACCGGCCGGCCGCGGCCCGGGGCGGACCGGGCGCGUAACAAGGUAUGCUCACGCGUCUUGGCUGUAUACUUUUGCUUUGUUUACCUAAAUUAAGAUUUAUUUUUGUUGACUCGUAGGAAAAGUAUUGUAUGCAACGUUGUAUAAGUAGGUCAAAAAAUGCUCGUGGCGUAUUCCUUUACAAUGUACCCAUGCACGUAAUAGUUAAGACCCUUUUUAUUUGUCAGGAUGUCGCCGUCGACGGAUACGUCUGGGAGGACAUCAUAUUUGGGUUGUCUGGAAAUUGUUUGCCCGGACAAGCAAUUUUAAAAGCAUUUUUAGCACCCUCAAAGCCCACAAUCUCAUAGUUUGUGGGCAAAGCCCUUAAGAUAUCACUUUGAAUUCUGUGUGAUGUCUUGUUUUCUUGCUCCUCGACCCUGAAAUCAUCUGUAUAUGGUAGAAAAUAAAUAAAUAACAUGGCAGCACAACGACUGUCUCAUUUGACAGCUCGGUGGCGUUUGACGUAGGUUUGACAAUGUACAUAAUGUAUACCACUAUACUAUCACUUCCCUAGUUCAUUUCAUGUUUUGUUUGAAUUCAAUCAGCAUUUAAUGCAGUUGCAGGUGGACGUGUAUGUCAUUCCUUGUUAUUUUUAUUGUUUUUUGUUAGUUAAAUAUUUUAGUUAAUAACGGCCUGAGUACUUCGCAUUGAUUUACCUACAAUAUAUUUCAAAUAAAUCGCGUAUGAAAUUAUAUCGAGUUUAUGUGAGCUGUGAAAUCAUGCAAAGUGAUAUUUCUUAGUAAAUAUAAUUCGAGAAUCACAACAAGGUAGCAAAACCUCCGCCAUGGUAUCAUCAGGCAUGAAAAGCGGGCUGCUGAUGGGCUUCGGCUCCGGCUUCGUGGUACUCGGAGCUGUGGCCGUCGUCUACUGGCCGGCCAUGUUCUUCGCCCAGCUUCAGAAGAUGAUGGUCCUCUCAAACACUUCGACGUCGUUCGGCAUUUGGCGCGAAGUUCCGGUCCCCAUGUACCUGGAGUGUUUCAUGUUAAACAUCACCAAUGUCGACGAGAUCCUGGCAGGUCACAACGUCUCCAUACGUGUGUCGCAAAUGGGUCCGUAUGUCUACAGAGAAUAUCAUGCAAAGGAGAACAUAACGUGGCAUGACAACAACACAAUAUCAUACUUCAAUCAGCGUACGUGGCACUUCCAACCGGACAUGUCUAACGGCAGCCUGUCCGACCUGGUCACCAGCAUCAACCCUGUCAUCGUGACCGUAGCGCACAUGGUCCGCCACCAGAACAGCGUGAUCCGGAUAGGAGCAGAGUUGUUUAUGCGCGCCAUCCACGACAACAUGUUCCUCACGGCCAACGUGUCGUCGUGGUUGUUCGACGGCAUCGAUGACCGCGUACUUGACAUUAGCUCGCAGAUACCAGUCGUCCAUCUGCCCUUCGACAAGUUCGGCUGGUUCUAUACGCGUAACGGCUCUAUGGAAUACGACGGCAUAUUCCUCAUGAACACCGGCGCAGAGGACUUCAUGCAGCUAGGCAACAUCGAGAAAUGGAAGUACUCCAACCGCACCGUGUACUGUGACGAGUGCGGGGAGGUGCGGGGCUCCAGCGGGGAGCUGUGGGCGCCGGAGCUCGGACAGCCCGAGGUCCAGGUGUUCGCGCCUGAUAUAUGCACGUAUCUGACCUUGGGUAUGGACAAGGAGGUGCACGUGGCAGGCAUAGACGGAGUUCAGUACGCCGCCAACCGGUCCCUGUUCGACAACGGGUAUAACUACCCUAGCACGGCGUGCUACUGCUCGGCGCGGCGCGACGCGGACUGCCUGCCGCCCGGCGCGCUCAACGUGUCGGCGUGCCGCUACGGCGCGCCCGCCGUCGUGUCGCUGCCGCACUUCCUGCACGCCGACCCCUACUACCCCAGCAAGAUCGAGGGCUUGCAGCCCACCGAUGAACAUAACUUCAGACUGGCGUUAGAGAUGCUCACGGGCAUGCCGCUUCAAGUCGCCGCUCAGCUGCAGAUCAGCAUGCUAGUCCGCCAUGUAAACCUAGUCAGCCUUAACAACCAGUUGCCGGACCCGGACACGCUGGUGCCGAUGUUCUGGUUCCGGCAGGAGGUCCACAUCACGCCCGAGUACGCGAGACUGGCGCGGAUGGCGCUCAACCUGCGUUACGGCGUUCCCUACGCGCUUUACACGUUGACUGGCCUGGGACUCCUUCUGAUAGUAUCAGGCAUCAUAGUACUAAUAAGAAGACUGCUGCUCUCGCCCGAGACCACGCCCAUACUGUCCGCCGAGCCCACUUCGGAGGAACAAUGACUAGGAAGGUUUUAAGGGUACUGAUUUUACUUACAAUUAUAGCUAAUAGUGUGAUAUGCCAUUCUAUGCCUUCCGUCAUCUAUCAACGACGUCAUGAACUAGGGUUUUAUAGUCUUUUUCAAAAGGGUAGGGUGACAUUUGAAUUUUUUUCAUUCUAUGCCAUUGACGUUUCAGACCAAUCCUGUUUUAUCAAAAAUAACUUGGAUCCCAAUAUAAAAAUACAUGUAUAUAUUCUAUGUAGCUUCGAAUAUUUCAUUAUAAUAGACACAAAUCACCAAACUAUAUAUUAUUAUGUAAAAAAAAAAUACUUAUUAAGAUUAAAAACGAGAUGACGAGACGACCUGGACUCAUUUUGUGGCGACUGGCGGGAGCGUCCACAAAACCGUAACGAGUGGCGGAAGACACAGUGGGACACAAUGUAGGCAAAAAAAAGAUGAAUUAAAAUGUUGUUGAAUUUCAUUAUGUAAAACGGAACUCAAUGACAAUAGAGUUUGAUUCUACUUAUCGACCGAAUCGAUUCCGCUCGUUUUAAAUCGUAUAAGACAUGUCCAAUUGUGAAGGAAUGUUUACUUAAAAAUAUAAAUCAUCACCAAUAGAAUCGAUUAUAUGGCCUUAUGGCAGAUUUAAUCGAGAAUCGUAAAAAAUCAUUACUAAUUUGCAUUGUCACAAUCCUAUAAUUGCUUUUUGACAUGUGUCAGCCUACGCUUUGAGUUUGAAAAAGACUAUAGGACCAUAAAAAAUGGUUUUACCAUCAGUACACUGUAAAAGAAGCUGGUAAUAUGUUGAAUAAAUAUUUCAAGAUUAAAUAAGUAUGUAAAAGUCUUAGACCCAAGAUAAAAAGACUGCAUGUUUUAUAAGGUUUAUCUAUUUGUUCAUAUUACUUAAUAACGCUACUAUAUCCUUAGACAUGUAGCGUAUAUGGUAUCUCGACAAACUCGUAAUACAACAAAUUGCAUCGAAAGUUAGACAGCUUGGUAAUUCCUCUGUUUGUGGCGCCAUUUUUAGGGUUCCGUAGCCAAAUGGCAUAAAACGGAACCCUUAUAGUUUCGCCAUGUCCGUCUGUCUGUCUGUCUGUCUGUCUGUCCGAGGCUUUGCUCCGUGGUCGUUAGUGCUAGAAAGCUGAAAUUUGGCAUGGAUAUAUAAAUCAAUAAAGCCGACAAAGUCGUACAAUAAAAUCUAAAAAUUAAAUUUUUUUUAGGGUACCUCCCCUACACGUAAAGUGGGGGUGAUUUUUUUUUUCGCUUCAACCCUAGAGUGUGGGGUAUCGUUGGAAAGGUCUUUCAAAACUAAUUAAUAUAAACAUUUUUUGAUAAAGUGAAUAUAUUCGGAGAUAAUCGCUCCGAAAGAAAAAAAAAAUGUGUCCCCCCCCUCUAACUUUUGAACCAUAGGUCCAAAAAAUAUGAAAAAAAUCGUGGAAGUAGAGCUUAAGAAAGACAUUAAAUGAAAACUAUAGCGGACAUGAUCAGUUUAGCUGUUUUUGAGUUAUCGCAAAAAGUUUUCCCUUCAUAGUAAAAAGACUUACUUUAAUUAGGUACUGAUUAUGCAAAUUUGCCUAUUUGCUUAACUCGGGUGAAAGGUACCGUUUCAUCCCUUGGUUAACAAUUUACUAUACUUUAAGCUCCAGUUUAGUUUAUUGUGGCGGAAGAGUAACUACGGAACCCUACAAUGAGCGUGGCCCGACAUGCUCUUGGCCGGUUAUUAUACUUGAUUUAGAAGUUACCUAAUUAUGUUAUUGGGUUUAUUUAGAAAAAUCCAUUGCCGUGUUUUUUGUAGAGUAUUUCUUGACUGACAUAUACAUAAAAAUAUUCUUUUUUGAAUGGUCGCCAAUGUUAUAUCAUAGAGACAUAGAGCAAUACUUAGUAUAAACAAUAAAACAUCGCCCAUAGAAAACAUUAAAGGGUUAUAUGAGGCAAAGACAAUUUAACUAACCUAUGUGCCUUAAUAUAGUUAAUUGAUUAAUGUGUAAUCGAUAUUACCUAUUGUUAAUUUGAAAUCAUGUUAAAUUUUAAUUUUUAUAGCUGUUGUCUUGAAUAGUUUAUAUAAGUCAUAACUACCCUACCGACAGUUAGUUAGCUAGGCUAUGUUACGAACCCGCAUUAUGCCUAUUUUUUGUUUAACUUCAUCAACUUGUUCAAUAUAACAUGUAUUUAGUAAAGCAGUGAUUAUAGUUUAAUUCCAUAGAGUUGAAAGACGGGCAGAAAUAGGGUCGCUGCAGCCUACAACGAACUAGAAUGACUAUUCGCUAGAUGCACGACGGGUGCUGCCCUCUUCUUGUGGGCUUUUCUACGUUAAAUCUUAUGGAGUAAAAUUUAUUCAAACUGCUGCAGCUAGCAUUAAUGUGAGACAUUCAUAAGAUUACGUGUGUUUGUGACAAUCAGCGCCAAUUCCCCUUCCGACGACUUCGCACCUUGCAAAUAUAAGUCUUCAUAUACUUCAUUUUUUUUAACAUUAGAUAAAGGGUAAACAAUCUUGACGUAUCUUUUUUACUGAGAAAAGUGUUUUUCAUGAAAAAAAAAUCACCAUUUUACUAAUGCUAAAAAACAACUAAGUAUAGAGCUCAAAAAUUACCCCACAGGAAAUAUAUGGAAAGGCAUCUACAGCGCGCAUGUAGACAGUGACAAAUAUUGUAAUGCCGCGCAAGAGAUUUGACAUACAGAUUGUUAUUUUAGUAAAUCGAAAUAUUAUUGACCAAUCGCAACUUUUUUAAAUAGCAGCAACAGGGGGUAUUACUGCAAUCUUCUGCCGCCAGAGUGCAGCAUUAGCACAUAUAUAUAGCCAUAGAGAAACUUAUAAAUACUAUGCCUUAACUUAAACAGUUAAUAAGGUUUCACUAUGACAUUGAUUGAUACAUCAAGGCGGCAAGCGGCAAGUUGGCGGUUAGGCAGAGAGCCUACUGAGAAACACGAAAAUCGAAAUUCUUAUUCUUAAGUUAUCUGCAUCUCUAUCGCUCGAAUAUGCGAAGAUUGAUAGAGAGGCAUAUGAGCAUGAUUUUGAUGUUUGUGUUUCGCCGUAAGCCCCCAGUAAGGUACGUGUCAGAACUUAUGAACCAUUUUUCGAAGUCAAAAAUGUAUUCCGUCUCUAAGACUAAAGUAUGACUUCAUGACAUGUUGAUUUUCUCGUGUUCACGCUUCACGCGCGACUCGCACACAUUCUCAACUCGAGGUCGAGCGGCGAGAGGCUUGGUAUGAAGUUAGUUUUGUCUUGAGUGACCCUACGUCUGUCUAUCUGUCAACUCAGUGUUUAAUACAUAGGUACUUAGUUACUUCCAUGUACAGUUGGCAAAGGAACCGUUUUCAUCUCAUUUGAAACUUAUUAUAUUAAAUAAGAGUCGAAAGCGGAUAGUCCGCUCUUUUGCCGACUACUCAUACGUUACUUAUAUAUUUUCCGAUUAUUUAAAUAAGUGAAUAUUUAUUUAAUUAGAAUAAUAGGUACUUAUCUAUGUUAAUUUCAGAUUCGAUCGCUUUCAAAUUGACUAACGGUAGUGCGCUUAACAGCCUUGUCAAAUAAGUGAAAAACUAUCUCAAAAUAACUUUCCAGCACGUUAUAGUUUCUGUAGCUGACAAUUUAAUUUUCCAAAAUAAAUGAUUUGUUCAUGUGAUAGCGCUGUUUAGCUUAGGAAGGAAGGCAAAAUGUGAACAAGCCGGUUCAAAAGAGACGGCUGCUCUGUUCAGCUGCUCCGUCGAUACACUUUACUCUGUUGAUCUUGCUAACCUGGGUUUUUCGUCUCGAGGUGAAAGUCUCGCAUGAAAAUUUUAAGAAAUAAAUUAUACCCAUAAUGCUUUUACUGUAGCCAUGUAAAGUUGGUUGGGUUCUUUCUUGAUACACCCUGUGUAAUUUAUUACUCAUACCUCAUAUUUUAAUUGCUCAUACACGUAGUAUUUAAGACAUUAAAUAAUUGUGAUAAGAACUUUUUUUCUUAAAGCAAUAUGUAUAAACGGUACUUAUUCUACCUGAUUUUAGUUAAUACAAUGAUAACCUUACCAAAGAUGUGGGGACAUAAGUUGCGAGUUGGCUAUAAGUUUAAAGUCCAGUGACACCUCUCUACUCUCAGCCCUCACACCGGUGUUGCCCUUGAGCCAUUCUAGAUGUCGCUUUUAGUGGGGGCCAUCUCGUGGGGGCGAGUCACCGUGUGCCGGAAGUAAAAUUGUAUACCAUUUUAUUGGGCAGGCGUCCGGUUUCAUAUCCCAUUCGCCCAGCAUUUAGUCCAUCGCUUUCACCAAAUAGCCUAGUUCAUUUUAUUAAAGUGUCAAAGGGGCCUCUACUUGUUGGCUUCGGCUCCGCGUACGUCUCCCAAAGGUCCGAAACAGCAUGGUUCCGUGAUGGGAAAGACAUUACCAGAAAUUGUUUUAGAAAUCAUGGAAGUAUAGAGGGUCUAGUACUGCCGACUGCGCAACUCGAGUCGCGCGCCUGUAUAAUACUAAUUUCUCAAUCAUAGUGUGCGAAAGAAACUAUACCUCUCGCGUCUAAUGGUGGUCCCUGUGACAGUUCAUCCAACGUAUAAUUUCAUUCAUUAUUUUAAAAUUAUGGCUUCAGUCCAGUGGGACUAUUUCGCCAGUAUCAAGGAUUAGGAGCUUUAAAUACGACUAAAAUUGUACGGUUAGUACGCGUUUCAAGAUAAAUUCUCCAUUCACUGCACACUACAUUGUAAAGUAACCGAUAUUACACUUUAAACAAUAUUAAUGAGCAAAAAACAAAAAAAAAUAAUCCAACAAAAAUGAGGCCAAGUAUCAAGAUGGCGCUCGAGCCCGAAGCAAUGUAUAAGAGGGCUUCCGUUUUUGUGCUCACCAGUUGCAUGUCAUUAUGGAGAUGUAGGUCCAGAAAAUACUGAUCUCAACAUUCUUCUGUGCUUAUUUUUAUAAAAUCAAUACGUUCUAAUAUACACAAUGAUUUUUCAACCUGUCUAGUUUUACAUAUAUUUUAGUUGCCAUUUUUUUUAAUCUCUAAUAUUUAUUGAAAAUUUCAAAUGUCAUGUUGUAUUUAAAUUUGAAAUACAGCAUGACAUGACAAACAUUUACCACAAUUAUGAAUAAGCAGUGAAAAUUCGCGAUAAAAAAAGCUUGAAACCCCCAAAACUUCUAAGUUUUUACCGUCUUUUUAUUACCUAUAUAAAUUUUAAAUAAUUAUUAUCUAAGUAAGAUAUUGUAUUGUGAACAACAUGUUUUGCUACACCCUUUCCAGGGUCCUUUAUGUACCUAUGUAUCAUACUGGUGUGCAAAUAACGAUCUCUCUAUCUCUAUCUAAAUGUUACAUAAAAAGUAUAAAAAUGUGAAUAAAGUUGACGACCGGUCUGGCCUAGUGGUCGAUGGUCUUGGGUUCGAAUCCCAGUAAGGGCAUUAUUAGUGCGAUGAGCACAGAUAUUUGUUCCUGAGUCAUGGAUGUUUUCUAUGUAUUUAAGUAUUUGUAUAUUAUCUAUAUAGUUGUCUGAGUACUCGCAACACAAGCUUCUUGAGCUUACUGCAAGACUUAGUAAAUUUUUGUAAGAAUGUGCUAGAUUAUUUAUUAAUAUUUAUUUAUUAACCCCCUAACCUACCAAAAAAUGUCUGCAAGCAUUUUAUGUGACAUCAAUUUCAUACAAAAUGAACUGUCAUAGGGGCCAUCAUUACGCGACGAUAUGAAAGUGUUUCGCGCGACUUGACGGGCUGCUGCGCUAAUCCUAUAGUCUGUAGUUAAGUUUUUUGUUAAUUGCUGACCAUAGUCUGUUAGAAGUUUUCAUUAUUAUUAUGAUUGUAAUUAAUUUAUGCAAAAGUCAUUGUUAUUAUUUAGAAGUAUUCAUUGUAACUACAUACUUUAUUCUUCCACUAAUUUUAAGUUAGAUAAAUAUUUUGACAAUAAAAAUGGUCAAUGCGUAUGUAUAUAUAAAUGUAUGAGACAAGUGACUGAGGAAAACAAAAAUCUUUCAAAAGAGGUUACUGCCUGUAAUAUGUUAUAGUAAACUUGUUAUAUUUGUUCCUGAUAUUUUAUCCACUUAAAUAUGAACUUACCAAUCGCAUGACGCCAUAGAUAAGUAAAAAAAAAGUUUCAUUAUUUUAUCUAUAAAUUGUUUUAUACCAGAGACCAUAAAUAACCUAGGUUAAGUUAUUGCCUUAAGAGUGGUAACUUUUACAUAAUCAUACAAUUUACAGAAACUUACUAAACUUGUUACCUAUGUUUUACCUAGACAGACAUCGUUAACAAUAAAUGAUUUCAUUUAAAAUUCAACUAAUAGAUAAUGUCUUGUUUGAAAAAAUAAAACUGUCAACGUUGUCUGGAUCCGGGUCACCUGAUUUUGUGCCAAUUUUGUUCUUAAAAUGUGUUUUCGAGGCUAGUUAAGCAAAUGUUAUGUGAUUGUUGAUAAUUUUUUUAUAAAAUUUGAUUAAAAACAGAAAUGUA